UACAGCCGGCCCCAGACCGAGGCUGCUCGCGCCGCCUGCGCCUGCGCGGUGGGCGCCUAGUGUGCAGAGCGCAGCGCUGAGGACGCCGCUGGGGUCGCCUGGCAACCGGGUCGCCUAGCAACGGGCGACCGCGCACGCUGAAGCAGCUGUGCUUACCGUUUUGAGGAUCGAAUGAGAAGUAGCUUCUAAAUCACAGUCGUCCUCAUGACAACGUUUGGGGUUCUUCUCACCAGUGUUUUCUGCGGAGCUCCGUUCUGAAAGCGAGAGAGUCACCUCCUGCCGGUGCGGAAAGAUGGCCCAUACCUGGAUCUCCACGUACCUGCCCCCCAACAUCAACCCCGCCCAGGCUUCCAUCGCGUACGGCUGCCGGGCCCUGCCCAAGCUGAACGAGGAACUGCAGUCCGAGGACCUGCAGACCAGGCAGAAAGCCCUCAUGGCUCUGUGCGACCUCAUGCAUGACCCUGAGCAUGUCUAUGUGGCCAUCGACAUAGGCUGCCUGGAGAGCCUGCGGGUUUUGCUGAAGGACACCAACCACGUGGUGCGCAUCAAGACCACCGAGGUGCUGUCCAUCAUGGCGACCCACACCGUGGGCAGAGACGGCUUCCUGAGGGACGGCAUCGUCACCGCGCUGUCCCUCCUGCUGAACGACCCGCAGCCGGCCUGCCGUGAGAACCUGCACCUGGCCUUCCAGCACCUGGCCCAGGUGCCCUCAGGGAGCCCCCUGCCGCUCCGCCGCCCCGCAGCCUCCUGGCCAGGCCGGGCGCACGCCUGGCUUCAGAUCAGUCUAGAGCACACGUUUAAAGUUAUGCUUUACGUCCGCCUGUGGACUGUGGGGCCCCGGGUUCGAUUCCGGUCAAGGGCACGUACCUCGGUCGCAGGCUCCUCCCAGAAAAAUAAGAAGACCACCCUUGUCCGUUGCUGGCAGAAUCAUCUCCGGGCUCCGGGGAUGGGGACUCGCACACGCCUUUCUUAAACGAACCGUGGCUGAUUCUCCCGUGCGGCCGCGGGUGAGAGGCACCGAGAUGUUGGGGUGUCUCUACGACAGGCCAGUGCUUGGGGCUGAGCCCCGGGCUCACUAUGUGGGAACCUUU